UAGGCUGCUAGUGUAUGAGCGUGUUUACUACCCAAAACCUCCAAGUGUUGGUUUCGCUAGUGUGCUCUGUGUUGUCGUUUCGGUGGUCAAGAAGGCUGCGCAUGGAAACCAUUGAAAACCCCGGUCUCCGUGCACCGCCACUCGUACUGUGUAUCCUUUGUGUGCAGAUAUUUGUAUUCCGAUUUGUGUUUUGUUGUGCUGUGCUGCCGUAUUUUAUGUGUGUUUUUCAUCAAGUUUUGUGCAAUCUGUCCCCUUUGAAAAUGUGCGUACUAAAAUCGCAAACAUUGUGCCUACUCUAGCAAGCAAAUAAUCCACAACCGUUUGGUUGCAAGAGAAGAUCUCGUGAUAUAACACUUCCCAACGCGGCACGUGUGUCAGCACAGCACUUGAAUAAUUCAAACAAAACAGAUAAACGGGCAGCCGGGGCAGCAAAAGUGAUUAAUUUUCCAAUAACUAUAUACAAAUAGAACGCCAAAAACAAGCAAACAGAAUUAACACACAAACACACGCGCAAACCGAUUCUGCAAGCGGUGCAAGUCGAGAAGCGAUAAUUAUGUUGAUUACACAAAAAUUGAACUCGUGCUCCGGAAAAUCUGCACGCUCGGUGCAUUCCAACGAACCAACCAACCAACCAACCAACCAACCGACCGACCGAUGAUGAUGGUGCACGUAUGCACCCUUCUCCGGUGGUAGAAAAACACUGCAUUUUAGCAUUUGUGGCCAGGGCACAGUGCGGCGAACCGUCCGACCGUCGACAUCGGUGUGACAAACGCGCUCGGAUGCAGGAAGUGUAGAGUGAUUGUACCAUCCAGGUGGAAGCUCAGGAGGAAAAAAAUUACGUGCGUGUGUGUGUGUGUGUUUGAGUGGAAAGUGUAUGCAUGAUUGGAUUUAGUCGCCGUUUACGACCCUUUGGCCGAAGCUGAUCCGCGCGUGAUAAAAAAGCGUUUAAAGUGUGUCUCACGCGCAGACCUGAAAUAUGUUAUCGGAGACCUGAUUGCGAAAGGAAAUGUUAACCGCACGUGUACGUGUCCGGAGCAGCAUUGGUUGGGGAGUAAAGCAUGGAGUCUAGCAAAGUGCAAUACAAGUUGCGAUCAAAAUCGCACUGAGUGAGGUUCCCAAAGUGAUCGACGCUUCUUAAACCGUCCGUAAGCCUAGAGAGUGUGAGUGGAUCAGGAUCAACGUGACACAUCAGGUGGUCGUCGAAUUGCGUACCGGCGGCGGGAAAUUAAGCGCCAGAAGCUGUCCCCUGCGCACAGAUUGUAAUUGUCGUUUGCCACGCGUAAAGUGUGAAUAGUAUUAACAAACCAGCGAUCAUCGCGUGUGUGUGUGCCUGUCUGUGUGUGUGUGGUUGGUGUCCAUUUCGUGUCGGAGAAACGUGCUCAUAUACCACGAAAAAAAGGAAAAAUCAGUGCAAAAGUGCAAUGUGCUCAUUCUGCUGCUUCUGUCGGUGGCCACGAUGUUUGUUUUCCACCCGGUUGCCGUUUGGUGAAAUAUAAUGCCGAAAUGCUGAUUAUUGAAUCAUUGUGUCACAUAAAUAAUUAUCCAUGAAAAAUCGAUUGCACAGUGUCGUGUAGCGAGUGUAGUGUAUCGGUGUGUCUGUGUACCGUGCAAGGGUGCAUUGCGAUCGUGGUGCUAUCUGUUCCGACCAGAGCCGAAAAAGAAUAAACCGGAAAUAUAUUUUGCUCACUUGGUAAAUCCUACAUGUGGCUUGGGCGGCGGCAACAUUCCGCAGAACAACGGCCAACGGCAGCGAUGAUUGUGUGUUGAUGCUUUGCUUUUAUUCUGAAUGUGUGGCAUCAUCCGUUUUUCGAACCAAUUAUCGUGGGCAAUUUGAAAAAUUGAUCAACUCUUGCCACCUCCCCCACCCACUUGUAACCCUACCCCACCUGCCGAGGAGAUCCUCGGACACGUAUCAGGACAGGGUUGGCGGUUGACGGUGGGAUUGGAGCAGCAAACGCGUAAAGCAAAUAGUAAAAUCGAGCCCAAUCAGUAAGGGAAACCCGGCACCCGGAGUAGUGGGGAGUGAGUGAUAUCGUUCGAUGCUAGGUGUGGAUAAUCGGAAACAACAAUGAACUGCUUCCGCAGAAACUUGGUCACAAUACAAGCGGUGGCAUUAUCGGUGACGGUGUCAACCCUUCUGGCGCUCGUCACCAUCGUGGCCGCGGACGAGAUCCGGGACACACGUGAAGGCGAAACGGUAACGUUGAAAUGCCGCUUCAGCGAGCAGUCGGCGGCGAGCGACUUUUCCUACUACUGGGCACGUUCGACCGGUAACAAAUUCGACAAUGUUGCCAUCAAGGGUGUCCAGCUCAACACGAACUACAGAAUCGACUUCCGACCAGAGCAGGGUAUUUAUGAUCUCACCAUCAUGAACACCUCGUACAGCCGGGACAAUGGGCGGUUCGAGUGUCGCGUGAAAGCAAGCGGCACCGGUGCAGAUGUCCACCAGGAAUACUACAACCUGACCGUCCUGACACCACCGCAGCCACCGUUUGUCGAGCCCGUCGAGCUGCGGGCUACCGAGGACGAAAAGUUUAACCUGACCUGCAGCAGCAUCGGUGGUUCACCGGAUCCAACGAUCACGUGGUAUCGGGUGGGGUCGGAAAAACCCCUCAAGUCUACCAUCGCCAAGGGCGGAUCGAAGGAUCUGCGCACCUCGAGUACCUUGUCGAUCGUGCCCCGGCGCGAGGACGAUGGGGCAAAGUUCCGCUGCGUCGUCUGGAACCGUGCCAUGUCGGAGAAGGACAAGCUGGAAACGACAGUCACCCUGUCCGUAAACUAUUAUCCGCGUGUAAAGGUAGGACCGGAAAAUCCGUUGCGAGUCGAACGGGACAGCACGGCACUGCUGGAGUGUGCCGUGGACUCGAAGCCAAAGGUGCCGAACGUGCGAUGGACGCGAAACGGACGACUCAUCAGUUCCUCCCCAACGCACCCGAUACAGCGCGUCUCGGUGCAGGACGCCGGCAACUAUGCCUGCUCGGCCGACAAUGGGUUGGGUAAGGUGGGCGAACAGAUCAUCACGCUCGAUGUCCUGUACGCGCCGAUCGUGGUGAUCGAGUCGAAAACUUGGGAAGCGGAGGAAGGAUCCACCGUGACGAUUCGCUGCAACGUCACCUCGAACCCGCCGCCGAUAUCGAUCGAAUGGUUCAAGGAGGGUAGUCCGGACUUCCGCUACACCGGGGACAUUCUGCAGCUGAGGGGCGUAAAGGCAGAGCAUGCCGGUCGGUACGUGUGCAGGGCGGUUAAUAUGAUGAAACCUUACAAUGGGAAGAUUGUGGAACGAGUCGGUAACUCCACCGUCGCCCUGCUAGUACGUCAUCGACCCGGUCAGGCGUACAUAAAUCCCAGCAAACCGGUCGUCCAUGUUGGUAACGGUGUGACACUGACCUGCUCGGCGAAUCCACCCGGAUGGCCCGUUCCACAGUUCCGCUGGUUCAAGGACGCUGUCGGCGAGUCUCUGUCCAGUAGUAAAACUAUAUUGGCUCAGGGCUCCCAGUACGUGAUACCACGGGCACAUCUCGGUAGCGAAGGAAUCUACCACUGUCACGCCGUUAACGAGCUGGGCCAUGGUCCAACGGCCACGAUCAACCUGGAAGUUCACCAACCGCCUCAGUUUAUCGGGAAGAUGCAGCAGCACAUGACGAAGAGGGUAGGAGACACGGACUUUUCGGCCACUUGCCACGCAAAGGGGAAACCACGCCCGAUGGUCCGGUGGCUUAAGGACGGUCGGGAUAUCACCACCGAUGCCAACAUGUACCGAAUUAGCACCAACAAUAACGACGGGCUCAGUGGCAUGGUAACGGUGCAGAGUACGCUACUCUUCCAGGGGAAGGCACGUCCGCACAAAAACCAACUGCUCCCGAGCGAUCGUGGCACGUACACGUGCCUCUUCGAGAACGAGGUCAGCACGGCUAAUGCGAGCAUGAACCUGCGCAUCGAACACGGGCCAAUUGUGCUCCAUCAGUACAACAAGGUAGCGUACGAAAUCAAUGAAAAUGCGGCCGUUAUGUGCCGGGUGCAGGCCUAUCCAAAGCCCGAGUUCCAGUGGCAGCUGGGAACGAACACGGCUGCCCUGUCGAUGUCCUCCGAUGGGCACUACGAAAUCAACACUACCACCGACAACAACGACAUCUACACGAGCGUACUGCGCAUCAACCGGGUCAAGCACGAAGACUACGGAGACUACACGUGCCGGGUGGGCAACUCGAUCGAAACGAUUCGCGCACCGAUCCGGUUACAGCCGAAAGGCCCGCCGGAAAAGCCAACGAAUCUGGGCGUGGCGGACGUUGGCUCGAACUACGUGUCUUUGGUUUGGGAUCCCGGGUUUGAUGGUGGCAUAACCAACACAAAGUUCUACGUGUCGUACCGCAAGGUAGCCAUCCCUCACCACGACCAGGUGAAGGAGGACUGCGGCAUUGUGCAGCAGGUUAGCUCAGAAUGGAUGGAGUACGACUGUCAGCGUGAUGUGCCGUGCAGCGUAACGCCACUGGACCAGUAUCAAAGCUACGUGUUUAAGGUGAAGGCGAUCAACAUGAAGGGUAAUUCGGAACCUUCCAACGAAGUGGCGACCACAACGAAGAUCAGCAAGAUCCCGGUCCCCCUGCACGUCGGGUUCGAUCCGGACACGAAACAGCUCGGCCUUAACAUCGGUGCAACCUGUCUGGCGCUUAUUGCGGUGGUGGAAACGAUCGGGUUUCACGAGAGUCCCAUCGCGACGUGGCAAGUGGUGCAGUCCAUUCCACUGUCAGUGUCCGGCAACGGUCCAACGUACAAGGAGCAGGUGCUGGAAAACAUGUACUCCGCCCGCCGUUCAAGCGGUCGAUCGAUGGCCAGUGACGACGAUUUUCCGAUGGCGCUGGAGGAAGAAAUACCGCCCAAGGUGCGCGUAAAGCUGUGCUUAAAGUCGAGCCAUGAGUACUGCGGGGACUAUAUGGAUGCGGAAAUUGGUCCUGCCCUCAUACACGACUCGGCAUUCAUCGCUACGCCGACCCUUAUCGCGAUCGUGGUUUCGUGCGUCGUGUUCGCACUGUUCGUUGGCCUGAUGCUAAUGUUUUGCCGCUGCAAGCGCAAUCAGACGAAAAAAUCGAACCAAUCGAAAGAUUACGAGAUGGAUUCGGUCAGACCGUCCAUAGUCGCCCAGCAAAGUCAGGCUCCACCGCCCUACUAUCCCACGACCACCGGGCUCGACAACAAGGCUCUCGAGCACUCGAUGGAUCUCGCGCUCGCGCUCGAGGAUCAGAAAACGUCCGUGUACGCAACACACAACGGGUACGGGUAUCACACCGGCACGAGCAUACAGGUAGCCGGCCAUAGUCUACCAGCCAACGAAUGGGUCACGAUGGGUUACACGGAAAACAGUUACACCAACUCAAACAACGGAGGCAGCGUCAAUUCGCAGGAUUCCAUCUGGCAGCUAAAGGGAGCACCACCGCCACCGGGCCCCGGCCCCACCACGAUGGCCAUCGGCCUGCAACCACUAUCGAUGGCCAGCCUGCACGGUGGUGGUUCGGCGUACGCGACCACCACGACCACUACUACGGCGGCGGCGGCCGGUACGCCCGGUCUCGCCUACGGGUACGAUCCGAUUGCCACGCACUCGAGCGUGUAUGGUGGCGGUGGAACGAUGACGAUAGGGGGUGACGAAUACAGCCAGUAUCCCCACCAGGCGGGCACGCCCAGCCAGCACGGUGGCGAAGACGAUUACCUGCACCAUCAUCACCAUCAUGCGGCGGCAAUGCGCCAAAGCCAGAAUCCCUCCCGGCAGCAGCAGCAGCAGCAGGAGUACUGCGGCGAUUCCUACGCGUCUGUACAUAAAGCAAAGAAGCGAUUAGACCAGCCAUCGCAUUUCGACUCAUCAUAUCACGACGUUAGCGGUUUGCCUGAUCCCUAUCUGGAUCAGCAGCAGCAGCAGCUCCAGCAACAGCAUCAGCUAGAUCACGAGGACAGCAAAUCAUUGCUUCAGCUUACCCACCCGCAAGACCACGGCAGCUUACACCUGCACGCACAGCAGCAGCAGCAACCGCAGCCAAUCUACGAGGACAACCUGGAGAGCGGCUACUCGACACCGAACUCGCGGAAUCGUCGCGUUAUACGGGAGAUAAUUGUCUGAGAACAGCCCCGGGUACGGUUCGCUGAUAGCGGAUCGUGCCUGUAAGCUGGAAGUGCAAAGUCCAUCCAUUUCCGGUUCUUCGUUAAAAUCACACACACACACACACACAACCCGCCCAUUCCUACGAGGGUCUGGCCUGUACAGUGCAUCCGGACGCAAUGCUGCUCGAGUUGAGGACAGAAAAGAGACAGAGAUCCGGAUAGCAAAAAAGAAGCCAUCAUUUGCAUAAAUUGAUGCGCACAGUAUCGGUGACGCCCUGUCCAACGAUCCGGACCAGCUACCGUGGGGUCCGUGAUAUUCGUACAUCAAUUAAAAGCCAAGGGGCAACUAGCAGUAGCUGUAGCUACAUAUCGCAUAAUGGUUCUACAAAUUAGAAACAGACAUAAAAAAGCACAACCAGGCACUAUCUGGAUCGGGAUGCUCUUUUCUCCCUCAUGUCACGGCAAAUCGGUGCAUUGCGUUCGGUCGGAAUUAUGGAUGUAUCUCUAUUCAUUAUUGCUUCAUCGGUGGCUAGCAAACAAAAAGCAUCGGUGGCAGCGGGAGGCGACAAUUGUUUGCCGGCAGUCCAACCGCAAGGACUCGCUGGUUGAAGCAACAAAAAACAUGAUCGAACAUCGGUUGGUCAGCCCCAACCUCAACCAAGGCUUUAGGCACACAUACCCGUACCCCGGUGCACAUCCACUACGCUGCGGUUCGCUGCUAGUUUGUUACAGUUUGCACCAAAGCUAAUUGUUUUAGUUUGACACUUUAAUUUAAGUGCUGGUUGGCCGGUUGGUGCUGCUGCCCAUGCCCCAUGGGUGGUGAUCAGUCCUACCGCGGUCAAACCAAACAUGGGAUUGGGACAAACCCGCGUGAGAGGGGGGUUCUCUUUACACACACAAACACACAUUACACAGGCAGACUAAACAUGUCCAUUAAUUGGACAGCGAUGGGAGACACUCUCCAUCGAACGAACAGUACACAAUUAGGCCACCCGCGAUUACCACAAAAUGACUGAUAUCCCGACUGAAAUUAACUACUCAAAAUCGGGUUUUUUGUGUGACCAAGUAACACGGGCACCGUUGUACUUCCGCUCGCUCACUAUAGUGCUUACUGUUUUAUUUAAAUGCGUUCUCUAUACCAAUGAUUAGGAUUAGGUUUCUAGCGUGUAUGUGCGACAUUUUUCCUAUCAACCCAUCGCCAACGCUUGCCAUUUGCUCGGCCGAUCGUCCCAGCAUGCUGAAUCAAAUACAUUCACAACGUUCCUGUAGGCCACUGUAUGUGUCAAGACAGAAAGGAUGGGCCACUGUACGUACACACAACUGGCUAGUAAUGGUACGCACCCUAAGGCUAAUCUAUAGGAAUCGGGUCGCUCCUGGUCGUCGUCGUUGUAUUUGUGCCCGAUACUCCGGCGGAUUUUUUGCUAACUAGGUACACUUUUAAUUAAAGAUGGAUAAGAAACAAAAUAAAUAUGUGCCCUUACAAUCGUACCACUGAUCAUCAUCAUUAGUGACUGCUGUGUGGAAGGAUCCCUUCGCAAGAAUCGACGCUUAACCUUGUAAGGACAGUUGUACAGGGUGAGGCGGGCUAGCAUGAGUACCAAGGACACAUGAGUGCGUGAUAUGCGUGAGUGAUUUGUGUGGGUGAGUGCCUGCGGGCAUGAUAGUGCAGAAUUGUAGCCGCAAUCGUAAUCGUGAGUGAACGAUCGCCGAUCGAGGCAGUGCGAGGAUUUGAAUCUAGAGUAAGAGGAUUUAUUUUUUAAAUACCAGGGCCAACAAAAAACCUACAAACUUACACACAGUUCUACAACAGAGAAAAAAAACCCGCACCUAAACCUAAGCUAUCGAACCCGAUCGGAAGAAAGAGGAACCCGUAGAUCACCGUAGUUGCAUAGCGCACCAUAGCCCAUCCUGUCCGUCUCCAGCAGUAAGUUUUUGGUUCUUUUUUGGGCGGUUAGAUUCUGUUCUGGCUACUGAGCAAGCUCUGGAAAAGGGUGUGGGAGUUGCUGCCUAAGUAUAUGUCGUGCGUGUACGUGUCCCGGUUUUGUGUGUCCUGUGUAUGUUUUGUGUGCGUGUGGUGUAUAGGAAAUAACGAAUUUAUCUACUGCAAAUGCGCAAUUUAUUAAAUGUGUGUGCUGUAUAUGGCAACAAAAUUCAAACGAUCGGCCGGAACAAAAUUGUAUAUCAGAAAACAAAACCCGCACACACAGACACACACACAUCGGAAUUUAACACUGUAUUUAUAGGAUAUCAAACACAAAAUCGGACACGAAAAUGAAGGAAACGGAAGGAAGGUGCUGUACAAACAGUUGCUUUAAAAGUGCAGUGUUGAAUCAUUUUUAAAAGCUAGCCUAACGCAAAAGAUUCUCACCAAACAAACCACCCAAGCACACACUCUUGCACGAUACAAGUACAUACGUUCACAAAAAGCACGUGAUUAGCAGCAUUAUUUUGUGUUUACGAAAACAAAACAAAAAGAAAGUUAGAAAACAAGCGUGUUAAUAAUACUCAUAGCCCCCAGACCUGUGUAGCCUGGUCCGCCCGCCUGACAUGGGUGGUGAAUUUUGAUUGACGGAAGCCCGCCGCCCGCGGUGAGCUUUCUUUCAUCUGACAGUAGCGCCCUCUAGCGUAUACUUUUUGAAACUCCACUCGCUUCAAAUUUUUGUCCCACAUUGCGAACCGAACCUGUUUACUUUUGUGAAUAAUCGUGAAACUAACUUUGUCCUGAUUUUCUUCUCAUUUUAUGUGUGUGUGUGUGUGUGUGUGCGGUGUGUUCGCGUGUAUUCAUAGCUAUUCGAAAAAUGAUCUCGUUCGCACAAAAGAAAACAAAAACAAAAACGUUUCGAUCUUCUGCCAGCCCGGUCGUCUGUUCACUGGCGUCGGUCCGGGCGGUCCGCUGUAAAGAAACGGGAAACGUUGAGAUGAUCAUGCUGUUUUUUGUAUGAAAAUAUAUACGAAACACUAAUUUUAAACAAAACUCAACUUACUAGAUAGAUAGGAAAGCUUUUGCCCGCCAUAAGAUGCGAACCGGAACCGGAACCGAAAGGUGUCAGGAAAGGAGGAAGAGCCACACGUUGAAAGUACGGAUAGAACCGGGGGGGAGGGGAAUUAAUAGAGCAAUGUAAAAACUAGCCCGUAAGUGUAAAACAUUUAAAUAUAAUUAUUAUAAAUUAUAAUGAAUCAAACGUUCCGGCAGACAGACAGCAAAGACGCGACACUGUUGAACACAUCGGAACGGAAGAUCCAAGCCUCCAACCAUUGGAUGAUGUUGGAGCCCCGUAAGCUUGGGCCGGGUAGCCGGGUUAAAGCUCAUACGCAAACUGUACAUAUACUGAGGUAGCCGUACGAAUAAGGUCCACAACGCAGUGGAGGAAAAUUGAAGGGCGAAAAUGCUCCUAUCACUUAUCACACACACAGCACACAGGUCACGUGCGAGAUUUAAGCAAAUCUAUAUAGGCAAAAGUAAAACUGUACGUUCACAGCAACUAUAGAGCAUACGUAUGAGGAUGGGGAGGUGUUACGAGCUGAUCGAACGACGAUCAUCGGAUCCGAUCAGUCCACAUCAAAAACGCUGAAACACAACAACCCGGGCCGGAACGGAAGAACCGUUCCAGGGGAUUAACAUGUUGACGGAAUAGUGCGGCAACAUGGACAUUGUGUUUCUUUCGUGUUUUAUUUUCGCGAAACGAACAAACUGAAAAAUGAUAUUUUAAAUAAAGCAAAAUGUACGAAAACAUAUUAAA